AUGCUUGCCUUCAUCCCUUUUAUCACAACUCUCUUGUUUCUGUCCACCGCGGGUGCCGCUUCCACUAAGGAUCACAAGAAGCCUGAUCCCGCGGUUCAAUCAUGUGGACGUUCAUGGGGAGAAUUCGCCAAUCUUGGCAAAGGAUUAUUAGGUUGUCUUAACUAUGGUUCAGCUCAUUACAGUUGCCCAGCAGAUGAAUGUGGGGUUGGACAGGCACCAGCGGUCGGGCAAAAAUCAACCGCUGCUCCGACCUUUAAGAAUUGUCAGAAGUACAAAGGUAAUUUUGGAGAUGACACAAAUCUCGACGGGACAAAGAUCACAGUCUUGGCAGUCUCCUACUUCUUCAAUUACAAAGAUGGCUGGCUCCGCGUUUAUGGCUACGACUCAAAAGCCCCUCGGUCUGCAGGUGACCUACCUGGAUACAAGUGCGAGAUGCCUAAGCACGCUCCGGCAGUCAUUGCAGUCUGCCGAAACUGCACAUACAUUGGUGACGCCAAGUGGUGA